AUGGAUCCUAUCAUCACUGUCGCCAGCUCUGACUAUGAAGACAUCUCCCUUCUGUUUAUUGACCUCUCCCCUGAAUUUGAUACUUUACCCACCUUCUCUAAGUUUCUCCUUAAGCUGCCUCAACAACUUCUGCUCAACUUACGAAGACUUCAAGGCACGAUAUGUCCUGACUACGAAAACAUGAUUUGGGCGCCGUUUACCAUCGAUGGCCGCUCGGUUCAAUUGUCAGUGUAUGAGUCUUGGUACUUGUAUUAUAAUCAAGCGUCAGUUAACCACUACUUGGCUAAAUUUCUUAAUGAUCAUGAGGAAGUGAGACAGGCUAUCGCCGCCCUCGACAAGAAUGCUAAAGAUGACCCACCCAAAAUCACGGCUCCACCUCUCGGGUGGCACGUACCAAUGAACCAAGUGAUCUCCAGUUGGCUCUACCUGCUUCGCCCGCUAUCUCAUCCUCUCCCAAUUAGUGUUAGUCCUGAAUCGCCGGUGGAGUCUCCGCAUCACGAUACCUCGGAGUUGAUCCUAGAUCGAUGGGAAGUUCCCCCGGUCAAGUCUCAGCCCGGCGAUAAACCUAUAACUACGUUGAGGGGGGUCUCCAAGUCGCCACUCACCACGUCAACCCCUCUCGCAGCCGUUAACAAGCCGCCUCCGUCGCCUAAUCCCGACCUCUGUCGUACUCUCAGCCGGUACCUGCACUUACUGGGGAUGGCCCACUACCUCGAAUACCCUCGAACCCCAGUAGGUAUGCACCCGCCUGGUUCGUACUCAAGUAUCGAUACUGGACUCUCCCGCCCAAUGACGAACACCUCGACUCGGUCUCGGUCGUCGUUUCGAGCUCAUACCAAGGCGUGGACGUCAGCAGUGGCUUCGAGGAUCCUUGCCAAGUUCCAUCGAAGAGAAAAGAUAGUAGCGCCGUCGCCGGAAAUUCCUUUCGACACUAAGUCUUGGCACUCAUUCUACCAGUAG